CGACAAGCACUCAUCUAGGUGAGCCAUCACGCGCUGAAGCGCUCCCGUGCGCGCGCUUGUUUAUUGUGAUUAGUUUUUAUUUCAUUGGCAAUUCACCUAGUCGUCUUCACGUACGGUGAAAUUUGUGUUAAGGUGUAGUGCUAAAGCUUCUUCUACGGACCAUUUCUUGAUUUGUGGACUUAAUUUUUUGUGGAUACGGUACGUUCAAGGUGGUGAUCAGUCCAAUAUUUGAACGGAACAAGUACUGCACAUUUUGGAAUAGUUAUUGUCAUCAAAACACCAAUAAGAUCAUUACACUAACAGUUGGAAGUGUUCUAUAAACAAACUAUGGAUAUCUAUUCCCUACCAUCCUGUUGGAUCAGUGCUACACGAAGUUGAGACAAUGUAUUCAACGGUUCUAAGCUCAAACCUUUUGGAUCUGUUUGUAAAGAGUGUCGUAGUGGUUGUUGUUUGCUCAACUCCCUCAUUGUCUACAUGUGCUGGCCUCAUCCUCAUGGAGCCCUAGCCGUUGCAAGCAGCAGCCACGGUUUGAGCUGAGAAGUUCUCAGCACUGCCGCGGCCACUUAUGGCGGAGGAGAGUAGCGGGGCCGGUUACAUUCCGGUACCCAUCAUCCUAGAGCCGCUGGAUGACCCAGAUAAUACGGAUGACCUUCACCCGGCCGUGACCCCGGAGCACGGCUGUGGAGUCAGCAGUAGGAGGAGCAGUAGGGGAGGAGCUAGUUACAUCGCCGUGCCGGGAGGGGAGGAUGAGGUGGAUGUCAAUCGCGGCGUAAGCCCCGCCCCCGGCCACCAUCCACACCACACGCUUGACAGCAAUGUGGACGAGACCACGCCUCUACGCCUGUCGGCGAGGGAUUCCGGCGCCACUCCACAUGACCUUCAGAAACAUUCUCCAGCACCACCAGGCGGUGGUGGGGGCGGCGGGAGUGACAAAGAAAAAUCGAAACAGGAAGAGAAGGAUACGGGGGACGACCCCGAACAUUCAGAACAGCAACAACAGCAACAGCAGCAG